ACACUUACUUACACCGACGAAACCCACAGGCCGCAUGUGCAAACCACUCCUUUUACCAGCUAGGGCAUGCAUGGCAAUAUAAUAUCUAUAUAUACAUGCAGCUAGCUAGCUAAGCUUGUCAACAUCGGUGGAGAGAGCAAAUCAUCGCCCAUUCAGCUAGAGCUAGCCAUCUCCACCGUAUCAAUCCAACACCUGAUCUCCAUCUCGAUCGACGACAUGGUGCCCAACGGCGACAACAACAACACCGCCAAGGACUACCGUGACCCUCCUCCGGCGCCGCUCAUCAACGCCGGAGAGCUGGGCAAGUGGUCGCUCUGGCGCGCCGUCAUCGCCGAGUUCACCGCCACGCUCCUCUUCGUCUACGUCACCGUCGCCACCGUCAUCGGCCACAAGCGCCAGACGGACGGCACAGUCGGGUGCGGCGGCGCGGGCAUCCUCGGCAUCGCCUGGGCCUUCGGCGGCAUGAUCUUCGUCCUCGUCUACUGCACCGCCGGCGUCUCCGGCGGCCACAUCAACCCUGCGGUGACGUUCGGGCUGCUGCUCGCGCGCAAGGUCUCCCUCGUGCGCGCGCUGCUCUACAUGGUCGCCCAGUGCCUCGGCGCCAUGUGCGGGGCCGGCCUCGUCAGGGCCGUGCACGGCGCCCAGUACGCGCGCCACGGCGGCGGCGCCAACGAGCUCGCGCCGGGAUACUCCAAGGGCGCCGGGCUGGCCGCCGAGAUCGUGGGCACCUUCGUGCUCGUGUACACCGUCUUCGCCGCCACCGACCCGAAGCGCAAGGCGAGGGACUCCCACGUGCCCGUGCUGGCGCCGCUGCCCAUCGGGUUCGCCGUGCUCAUCGUGCACCUCGCCACCAUCCCCAUCACCGGCACCGGCAUCAACCCGGCCAGGAGCCUCGGGCCCGCCGUGGUGUACAACAACAAGAAGGCGUGGGACGACCAGUGGAUCUUCUGGGUGGGGCCUUUCGUCGGCGCCGCGAUGGCCAUGGUGUACCACCAGUACAUCAUCAGGGGCGGGGCCGGCAAGGCCUUCGCCUCCUUCCGCCACAACUACAUCUCUACCGCCUAAUCAAUUUGUUUCCACCAUUCAUCAGAGAGAGAAUCUGCAAAAUGUACAUGCAUGUCUUGUAUUCACCAUCUUGUGUGUGUUUUUUAUUAAAAAAAACUGUUGUGUAGUUUCUGUCAUGCCAAAAACGAGCAUAUGUACGUUUGGUGUUGUAAGUGUUGGAAAAAUGAGCAAUUUACCGAA